CAAAGAUCGCAGUUCGAUAUAGUAUCCUCCGCACAGUCAACGCUGUAUAAUAUCCCUUACGACUAUAAAUCGGUAAUGCAUUACGGAAAGGCAGCGUUCGCUCGGCCAGGCACAGUAACCAUGGAAACGCUUGAUUCUAGAUAUACGAAUGUGAUUGGAACGCAAACUGACGCCUCCUCAAGCGACUAUCAAAAGGUUUGCAACAUCUACGGCUGCAAAGUGUGUAACAGUGGAAUCACAGGAACAAAUGAUGAGAAUACAGAUAAAUGGAGACCCGAACCUGAACCUGAGACUGAGCCUGAGACUGAGCCUUCGACCGACAAAGAGUGUUCCGAUAAGUUGACGAAUGUUUGUCGAACAGUGAAACAACUGCGAGUUCUUGACUGCAGUUACGGCUAUGCCAAGAAGUUCUGUUGUGCUACUUGCAACGCUGGAGAAUCGGGCAGUCCUGAUCUGUACUAUAACGACCACUGA